UGUGGAUCUUGACAGGAGGCAGCAGUAGUCUGUGUUUCAAAGAUUGGAGCGAGGAGGAAGCUGCGACGCCACAGAACUACGCCACACUUUUUCUAGAGUGUGGCUGGAAUGGAGAUGACAUGUGAAGAUGGACACAACAGACGCGCUCAGUGAGGAAGGAAGUCGCACCGAAUACAGCCAGAGACCAACCUGCACCAUGGCUACGAACUCAUGACCGAAACGAAACAGAAAUUAGCGCAUCAUCUAAUAAACAAGCACCAUGGACGAGGUGGAAAACCCGCAGGUCAAGGCUCCUGAGGAAGAGAGCGACGGCAUCGUGACACCAGCAAAGGACACGGCGGAGCAGCUGCACCUCGACAAAGCCCCUGUGGUCUCACCCGCAGACCCGUCUACCAUCGACAACGACUCUAAGCGACCGCUGUUGAAACGCGACUCGUCAGCUCCGCCGCCCAAGCAGCCUCCACCCCAGGUCCCCGAUACAGACCCCAGCCAGGAUCCUCCCGAUUCUCUGACGCUUGCCCAACUCAAGAACUUACGAGCUGGCUUCCCCGUCCUACAAGCUCAAUUGCAACAACCCAUACCUCUAUCAAGCGUCUACGACUUCGAAUACCACGACUCGCAAACCUUCCCCGUCGAGCUCGAAGAAUGGUUCACAUACAGCGAGAAAGAGAGAUCGAAGCUACGCCAGAUCAAUGCUGCUUUUGAACAAGCAUGGAGGGCACAUACUGCGCAGGAUUCUGUACCGGAUUGGACCGCCUCACCUGAGAUGGGCAUGAGGUUUGUCUCCAACCUUCUGCACGACCUCCAACUUGGCUCUCCCCAUCAGCAAACCCAAGCUCUUCAAAUCUUGACAUACGUGUGUCUGGGUACAUGGGAAGAGACUGCGGGCAGAGGCACUCCGAAUCCCUUCUUCGCUGUUCUUGGCUCCAACCAACCACAAGUUACUGCUGGCCUCGAAAACUAUGCUGGUGCAACUUAUCAGAUUCAAAUAAUGAUCAACACGCUUUGUAUGCUCGCCCAGCAAGGAGCUGUACCACUUCUAUACAACAUUUUGAAAGCUGUAUGUGAAAGGGAUCUUACUGCUUCUGCUCAAAACGAAGAUGCAGCCGCCUUGCCAAAGUAUGUCGAGGGUGACGAGAGUAUUGAUGUUUGGUGUGCCUUGACCCUUAUAUAUCUCUUUGUUGAGCUGAGCCGUAUCUCCGAGGGUACACCAGACGCUCAGAUGUUGCACAAAGAGCUUGCGUUAAUCAAAUCCGACCUGCUGAUCACCUGCACAAAUAUGAUUGCUCAGAUGAGAUGGGACGAUUACGCACCUGUCCCACAGACAAAGAUCUUCCUGUUGUUAUGGAAGACUAUUCUCAUAUCUUUCGGCGGCAUUGAAACCGCCGACAAAGUCAAAUCUUCCUUCCAGGAGAAUGUCGGCGAGAAGGAUGAGCGCGGCCAUCCACUCAUCACCGCUUCUCCGCUAGACUACCAUCUCUUCAGGCAGGAGAUCACUUCCAAGUAUCCAGCCUAUCAACCACCACCGCCAUUGUUUGCCUUCGAGCCUGAGAAUAACACCAUCUUGCCUCCGCUUCGUCACAGACAAACAAAAAUCGACAGCAAUGACAAUACGGCAUCGGCAGGGACUGGUGUCCACGGUUCCUCCAUCUUGCAUCAAGCAGUACACAUUGCCACUCCUGCGCCCUCGCCUCCGCCAUCCCCAGCCGGCCCGGGAGGUAAAGGCGGCAAGAAACAAAAUUACCAGACCAACCAAAUGUUCCCAUUCCUCUACCCACCUUUAGAUGAGUCAAGUAACGACUUGGGUGGUAAGGGAUCUACUGAACUGCAAGACGCUCUCGCCGGUCGAAAAUGGAGAGGAAGUGAUGUGCCUGCGUCCAUUCUCGAGGCUGCUGAUCUCUUCUCCAAGCGCAUGAGGGCAACCAGAGCCAUGAAACAGCUUUGGGACACGAGAAUAGAUUACAUGAAAUCUGAAAGAGGAUGGAAUGCUGAUGACGAUGUUCAGCGACUGGAUCUAUAUGAGCCUCAAGGCGGCGAAUUCUCUCUGCCUGACGACGAAGAGUCGUUAGAAGACAAGGAAGAACCAAAGGUUGAGGAACCAUUGUUUGAGAAUGACAUGACAUUGGCAGCUGUUGCACAAUUCUACCGCGAUGUCCUACCACAGAUGCAAUCUGUUGUCUUCGUGUUACUCAAGGGCAUGGCAAGAGUCUACGCAGAUACUACUGCCAAUCCACAAGCGCAAGCUUUCGAGAAUGGCCACGUUCCUGAUGGUAUCUCCAUUUCUGCUGAGCAGGUCGAUGCUUCGCGAUCUACUGAGAUCACCGGCAAAGCCGUGUCAUCUAUUUUGCUUCUACUGCUCAAGUGGUUCAAGCUUUCGCAUAUUCUUCGAUUUGAGUACCUCAAUCAGCUUCUUCUGGACUCGGGAUACAUCAUUGCAGUAUUACGAAUCUGGCAAUGGCAAGACAUCGGACGCGCCUGUCACUUCAUGCUAGACAGACCAGAGCUUGACUUCUUCAACUUCUGUCGCGCGAACUCGAGAAAUCCAAUCAUGCCCGAAUUCGCAACAUCUGAAGAAGCAGUAGAAUCAGAAGACGAAGCCAUGCCACCACCGAUCAAAUUCCGCAGAGAAUCGGAAGCCAUCUCAGAGGUCUCUUCCAGCUCCGUACCACCAGACUACAGCACCCACCCACCGGAGAUCGACGAACUAGGUUAUCCAACCCAAGCACCACCACCCGCACCCAUCCAAAACUAUUCCUAUCGCAACACCUUCACCUACAUCAAUUACCUGCGCGUCCUUCAAAAAAUCACUCGCCGCAAAGCUCACCGCUCUCUUCUUCUGGUAUCCUACAAAUCCUCAAACGUGUUGAAGAAAUCUCUCCGCGUCCCAGUCGACAUGAUGAGAUACUACACGCUCAAACUCUUCAAAACACAAGUCCCCUACUGCGGCCGCAAAUGGCGUCAAAGCAAUAUGAAAAUCAUCACUGCAGUGUGGCUCAGUGUACCCUCCGAACUCCGCGAUGACUGGCUCUCAGGCGGUGGUGGCGGCAUGGGCGGUGCAGGCCCCGGCGACGUCGACGGUACGGUCGAGGAAGCUUUGCCUCUCGAACAAUCACUUCGUAGUCUUACGCAUUGGUGGAACGUGCGCAAUUACCCUGAUAAAAUGGGUGUGGACAUGAAGUUGCAGGUCGAGGAGCAAGAUUUCUUUGCCAGAGAGUUGGAGAAGAUGGAUUUGGGGAGGAUGGAGGAGGAGAUGCUUGAUGAGAGUAUCAUGGAGGAUAUGUGGACGCAGCCGACGGAAAACUAUGCUUAGUGGAAGUAGAUGACUUUGUUGGUAGUGGUAGUGG